AUGUCGAGCCUGUUGGAGAACCCUCUCCAGGCGGUGAUCUACCUGAAGGAGCUGACGACCAUCGUUCAGAACCAGCAGGGCCUCAUUCAGACCCAGCGGCGUCGCAUUGACACGCUGGAGCGCAAACUCAAGGAGCUGUCUGGAGAAAACCGGCGGCUCCACCACGACGCCACACACCGGCAUCCCUCCCGGCCGCAUCCGCCCCCUCACACCUCCUCCGCUUUGGCCAGCAGGGACGGGACGCCCCCUCCUCUGCGGACCCCGGUGACUCAAACCGAGUGCCAAACCCCGCAUGACAUGCAGCUGGUUCCAGCUGUGCCCAGAGCUGCAAGCAUGGACUCGUCCACAGAGGACGCGGACGCAGGCGCGCGCUGCCGGUCCCUGGUGCCCCAGAUGUCAACCGCGCUGUGUCGGACCAGCCCAAGGAAUUCCGAAAGCCAGACUGUCCUGCACCAAUUUUGCUGCCCCGCCCCUGAAGCUCCUGAAGGCGAUCCCAUUGGCUGUUCAAGGUCAGUCCAUCCAGUUGAAGGAAAGGAUGAGAAAGAUGAGAAGGGCACUGCUCAGUUAAGCCCUACAUCCUGUCCACAUACUCCGGACUACGAGCUCUCUCCUGAUCUCAAACAAAAACAGAUCGAGGAUUUGGAACAGAAGUAUGGUGGUGCGCUGAUCUCCCGCCGCGCUGCCUGUAAAAUCCAGACGGCGUUCCGUCAGUACCAGCUCAGCAAGAACUUCCAGAAGAUCCGUAACUCGGUUCUGGAGAGCGGUAUUCCACGACGCAUGUCUGUACGCAGGGUUCGAGUGCAGAGAGAUGGCUUCUCUGCUGAGCGUGCGCUGAUGGAGGGAUGUUCUCUCAUGGGCAUCCCACUCACACACUCCAGCUCGCUGCCGGCAGGUGCCACUAACACACUCACAAACCUGGAGGACACCUUCAGUGAACAGGUGCAGUCCUUAGCCCGUUCCAUAGAUGAGGCCUUGAGCAGCUGGACUUCUGUACACGAUGGAGAAGGGGUGGGGACUUCAGUGACCACACACCCCAGGCCAGUCACAGAGGGGCUGCUGAUGGACCCUACCACUCUUAAGGAGGCCACGCAGAACUCCUGUGUGGAAAACAUUCCUCGGAGCGCCAGCAAGCUCAUGAUGGCCUUCAGAGACGUUACAGUGCAAAUCGACAACCACAACUUUCACCUGUCCUCCUCUGUGCUCGAGUCUGUUUCCCUGGGCAACGGCAUCUCCAAGGAAACUGCCACAGAGCCUCAAGCAGGGGUGCAGAGUGGGGGCGGGGGUCAAUCAGAAUCAUCUACUUCGGCUGAAUCUGAGUUCCCAGCCCCGCCCCCUAGUGAAGAGAUAGCGCUGGAUCAGCAGCCAGCUGGUGAUGAAGCAGAAUCUGCCCAGUCGGCCUGGGAGAAGCCGCUGAUUAAUCAGAGUGUGUCAGAGAAUAGCUCUGAACCAAUCAGCAGCAGCAGCACGUCCACCUCGGCAUGCGAAAACAUGAUCAUGUCCUUACCGCGCACACACUGCCCAGAUACGCACUGUGGGACGCUCUCCACAGACGUAGCACGCAAGCGUCUGUACCGCAUCGGACUCAACCUGUUCAACAUAAACCCAGACAAGGGCAUCCAGUUUCUGAUCUCGCGAGGUUUCAUUCCUGACACGGCCAUAGGCGUGGCUCACUUCCUGCUGCAGAGGAAGGGCUUAAGUCGCCAGAUGAUUGGAGAGUUUCUGGGCAACAGCAAGAGACAGUUCAACAGAGAUGUUCUUGACUGUGUGGUGGAUGAGAUGGAUUUCUCCUUGCUGGAGCUGGACGAAGCUCUCCGGAAGUUUCAAGCUCAUGUUCGGGUACAAGGAGAGGCUCAGAAGGUGGAGAGGCUCAUCGAGGCAUUUAGUCAGAGGUACUGUAUGUGUAACCCUGAUGUAGUGCAGCAGUUCCACAACCCCGACACCAUCUUCAUCCUGGCCUUCGCCAUCGUCCUCCUCAACACCGACAUGUACAGCCCGAACAUCAAACCCGAGCGCAAGAUGCUCCUUGAGGACUUUAUCCGCAACCUCCGAGGGGUGGACGACGGAGCGGAUAUUCCGCGGGAGAUGGUGUCUGGCAUUUAUGAGCGCAUCCAACAACGCGAGCUCCGCUCCAACGAGGACCACGUGACCUACGUCACCAGGGUGGAGCAGAACAUUCAGGGAAUGAAGACAAUCCUGUCUGUGCCUCAUCGGAGGCUGGUGUGCUGCAGUCGUCUGUACGAAGUCAGCGACGUGAACAAGCCACAAAAACAAGCAGCCCAUCAGAGAGAGGUGUUCCUUUUUAAUGACCUCAUCGUGAUACUGAAGCUGUGUCCGAAGAAGAAGAGUACAGCGACAUAUGUAUUCUGUAAAGCCAUGGGUCUGCUGGGGAUGCAGUUCCACACGUUUGAAAAUGAGCAUUACCCUCAUGGUAUCACCAUCUUGUCUCCGUUCUCGUCGGAGAAGAAGCAGGUGGUGAGUUUCUGCUCGCAGAAUUCUGAGGAGCUGCUGAAGUUUGUCGAGGAUCUGCGCGAGAGCAUCGCCGAGGUGGCUGAAAUGGAACAGAUCCGUAUUGAAUGGGAAUUAGAGAGGCAGCAGGCAGCCAGAACAGCUGCUCAGAACAAUGGCAGCCAGCUGGAGAUGCACUCAAGACCAAUAUCUCCUGCAGGAGACCAUGAUUUUUAUGACAAGACAGGAAGCAGUGCAGUUGAGGUGUCAAUUCACAACAGGCUCCGAACGUACCAGGUCAACACUCCAUCGGCUCCGCCCACUUCUCAGCCUCAACUGGCCAUCAUGCCUAGCCCGGCUUCCAGCUCCACCCCCAGCUCCGCCCUCAACAUCUCCCCUGACACGCUCAUCCAGUGCCAGCAGAUCGUCAAGGUGAUCGUCAUGGACUCGGCAGGCCGCGGGCACGUCGAAGCGUUCCUGAGUCAAAACCCCGGACAACGUCUAAUCCAGUCGGCUGUCUCCACUCCGACCCGCUCAAGAGAGGACGGAGCAAAGCAGCCGCCCCUGCCACCUCCACCGCCUCCUUAUCACCACAAACACCAGUUCUGCCCUCCAACUCCGCCCCCUCCACAACACCUGCUCAGUCAGCGCAGGUAUUCAAGUGGGACACGCAGUCUAGUCUGA